CGUCAGAAGCGAGUUCGUGCAAAGCACGCUUUCAGCCCGAUUCCUGACUGUCCCGUCCAUGUAAGUGCAGCCUAUAAGGUUAGAGGCUAUAUCGCUUGAAGCUGGCUCCGGUGUUGUGGCCGCACAUGCGUGGCUUCUGAAGAACGUUAUCUCGUGUAUAUUGUAUCAUAUCCACGAGUUCUUGCAUCUAUAGCUUUAUGCAGUGAACAAGCAGGCACAUAGAAGAGGGCAGAACGAGCAAACUACAACUUUGACACUACUGCUCUUCAUCGCUGUUCGCCGCUGUCAACAAUAUUUCUUGCUGAGUAGAGGCGGAAAACUCGGUCGCGCGUCUUUUCGGUAACACACACGCCUUCGGAUUUCGCCGAAAUCUUUCUUUCGCACGCGUUCAGAGCGUUGACAGCGCCACCGCACCUGUGUGACGUCACGUUGCUCACUCGCACUAUAUCGCGUCUGCAACAAACAUCUGUCAAAGUCGUGUGCAACGUGCGGUUAGCACCGCCAGCGUUCCCCAUACUCGUUGGGCCGCGCCACUCGAGCCUCUAUAAUUCAACGAGCGUGCACCGCUUCCCUAACAAGACACGUCACAGGAACAACAUGGUGAGUCUGCGCGCCAACCUAGGUGUGUCGUCUCUGGUCGAACAGCUGAAAGCUCUGAAAGAGGUGUGGGCCAUCCGCGAAUUGGACCUCACAAAUUGCAUUCUUGUGGAACCGGAUGAAUUGCCUCUGCACAUCGGUAAAUGCACGGGACUGCAAUCCUUGCGUUGCGUCGCCUGCCCGAUCCGGCCGAGCGACCUUCUCGGUUUGAUGUUGGAGCGGCUUCCGUUUCUAGUGGAAGUCGAGUUCUCACUCGUGUCCGAGACGGACGUCGCGUCAGAAGUGAGGCACAUGCACCAAAUCGAGUCGCAAUUGCACGGCGCCCUAGCUCUCAACCUGCGCCGCAUGUACGCCGAAGUGAGCGGCUACCACAACUUCAAGCUCCUCUCGACGAUUCUACGUUACUGCCCGAAGCUGGAAGAGCUGCGUGUGCACUUCGUGCGUGGAACCUUCUCGAACGCACUCCUGGAGUGUAACGUCAUCCUCAAACAACGCGUCCAUUUGGAAACGUUCACGUUCUCAUCCGAAGUGCCAGCCUCCAUUCAACGCGUGCCUUCCGCGCCGUUGGAGUUCACUAGCUGCGCGGCCGUAUGCGCCAACGUCAGCUACCAGAGGUCGAGCAACUCGUGGAGCUGUGUUCGACUCCGUGACCUGGCCGUCGGCUGCACUGAUCCCCUCGUUCUGCCGUUACAGCUGGUCGUGGCUGCCGUCCACAACACCGAAGGCACCACGGAGGAAUUUAUUCGCGUGGCCAGCAUUGGACACGUCUGGACCAACGUGUGCCAACUCUGUCUUGUGCUAUUUCCGGCAGAGCCCUCCAGUGGAGUUUACCCGGCGGCGGGAGCCUCGUACCGCGACAGUCUUCGCGAUUUCUUCACCAUUGCGCUCAAGCAUAUCGUCGAACUUAACAUAAGCUCGUUCCACUUCGGCCCUGACCUUGACUUGACGGAACUGCUCCAGGACGGGUCGCUGAAGUAUCUGCAAUCGUUCUCGGCACCCCCUUGCGGGCUUCGCCGCCCACCAGCUCUGCGCCGUCUGGCGCAGAACUGCCCAGACUUCAAAGAACUCGACGUGCGCAUCGAUAGACGUGGAAGCUUUGUUCGGUGCGCCGUCUGCGAGGGUGAGUUCUUUCUCAAUCCCGAAGACAUGGUUGAAAUGAACAACGCCGCCCCCGUGUUUCACAAUGGGCUUGCCAGGCUGACUCUAAACGACGUGCAUGGCCGUAUCUGCCUUUGGUUCGUCGAGGCCUGCCCAGCGGUUACAGUGCGGCUCUCGGACUGCCCCAGUCCCUUGCACCCAGACUACCCGUCUUUGGGUCACGUGCUCGCCGUCAACAGCUCGCUACGCUGUCUCGUGCUCCGGCACGGUGCCCUGCCCUUCGGCGACACGUAUCUGUUGGCCAACCUCUCCCGCAUCGCCGGCCUGCAGUACCUGUGCCUUCUGUCGGAGGCCUCCGUGUUGGACAAUGUCGCCGCGAUGUCCGUGCUGGCGCUCAGUGCCAGCCUAAAGCCUCACAUAAAGUGCAUACACGUUCACUACCGGAACUCUGCCGGCGGCACCGAGAAGCGGAUCACGUGGAUGCAGCGAGCUGGCGCCGCAAGCGGUGGCGUCCUGGUUCGAGACGGUCCCUGCUUCCUCUGUUGUUCUACGGCCACGUUCAUAGGACUCGCCAAGCCCCUGAAUCGUGACUUCAAACCGAUCCUGUAGAUGUAAUUAGGGCAUGGCCGGGACGUAAUAUAAUGUCUGAGAUAUGCGUAAAAGUGCUAACAGUAACAGAGGUUAUCAUUUUCUUUUUUCAUUUGUAUGCAUCUUCUAAUAUGUAUGCCUUAUCCUUUGUUCAUCUUUUUUUUUUUCACUGAGUGUUUUAACUUUCCAUUCAAGCCGAAGUUCGGGCUAGUUGGUGAUAACAAAACUUGGACGCCAUAACUAGCGCUAAGGAAGGCGAACAAAAAGAAGGGACAUAUAGAAUGGACGGGCGCUAGUCCAGUCCCUAGGAGGUUGUCCAGUCCGUAUGUCUCUUCUUUGUGUUCGCGUUCCUUAGUUGCUUGUUAUGACGUCGAAGUUCUGAACUUACGCUAAAGAGGCCCUGCAACGCCUUUUGAGCCCGUUAAAUAAAUCUCGCUAGACGCGACGCAAUGCUU